GAAGAAGAAGAAGAAGCUGAGCCGUCAAAACAUAAACAGAGCAGUCAACCCUGUGUGAACGCAGCUAGCUUACUUAAAGUCCGUCUGUUGCAGAAAAGCUUACGCACGCAGUCCUAAUGUCGUGUGUUAACCGUGAAAGAGUUCACAGACGAGACACUUAGCUCUAUUUGCUAAGCAGUGGAGUGAAGAAAAUAUAUCUGCAAUAAAGAUUAGGACUAAACUAAGACGUACGCCUCGUCGGGCCUUCGAGUAGAGGUUCUCCCCCUCGGGUCGACGCAGGACAAAAGGAGACAGAAAUGGCUGAAGCUGACGGCAAAUCCACUGUGCUGAACGAAAGCUCAGAGGAAAAAGAACCAGGAGAAGAUCAACACAAGGAGGAAGACGCCUCUGGAAGCAGAGAGGGACAAACACAUGAUGCUCCCAAAGAAACAGGGGAGGCGUCUGGAGACAAGCCGGUGCCAGGCGAGGAAGGAGAGGCGGGGGAGAACAGAGAGGGAGAGGUGGAGGAUGACACCGACAGCAUGGACGGCAGCGGUCUUUACUCGCUGACUGAGGAUGGAGAUCGAGAGAGCGAGGGAGGCAGGCGAGAGCGAGCGAAGGACAAAGACGGCGGGAAAAGGGCCGCCAGAAAGAGGAACAGACCCGGCGGCGGCAGCAAUCACUCCAGCAGCUCGGACGAGGACAACGACGAGGACGAAGACGAAGAUCAGAAAGACGACGAAGAUGACGACGACGACGAGGCCAUGGAGGCGUGGUUGGGAGCGGAACUUCAGGAUCUGCGCGGCCCCAUAUGGCGGGCGGUACCCUCACUUUGCUCCAGAGAGAUCGGCAGGGACUCGCACCAGUUUGUGAGGCGCGUGUGCGGAGCCCGCGGCCUCGUGCAGCGGCUGGAGCUUCAGGGCCGUCUGGAGAAGCACACAGGCUGCGUCAACACAUUGCACUUCAACCCCUCGGGCACACGCUUGGCUUCAGGCAGCGAUGACCUGCGAGUGGUGAUCUGGGACUGGGCUAUCCGCAAAGCUGAGCUGGAGUUUGACAGCGGCCACAAGAGCAAUGUCUUUCAGGCAAAGUUCCUGCCUCACAGUGGAGACUCCACCUUGGCCAUGUGUGCCCGAGACGGUCAGAUCAGAGUGGCAGAGCUCUCCGCCACACAGCGCUGCAAGAACACCAAACGUGUAGCACAGCAUAAAGGGGCAGCACACAAGCUCGCUCUUGAGCCGGACUCCCCCUGCUACUUUUUGUCGGCUGGAGAGGACGCCGUGGUGUUUGGUAUUGACCUGCGUCUAGACCGUCCUGCUAACAAACUGGUGGUUGUGAAGGAGGGUGAUAAAAAAGUUGGGCUGUACACCAUCUUUGUCAACCCAGCUAAGACACACCAAUUUGCUGUGGGAGGCAGAGAUCAGUAUGUGAGGAUCUACGACCAGAGGAAGAUAAAUGAGAACGAUAACAAUGGUGUGCUCAAAAAGUUUUGUCCUUCUCAUCUGGUGUCCAGUGAAUCCAAAACCAACAUAACCUGCCUUGUGUACAGUCACGAUGGCACAGAGCUCCUUGCCAGCUACAACGAUGAAGACAUCUACCUGUUUGACUCCAACCACAGUGAUGGCGCUGACUACCGCAGGAGAUACAAGGGACACCGCAAUAAUGCCACAGUGAAGGGAGUGAACUUCUACGGGCCGUGCAGUGAGUUUGUGGUCAGUGGAAGCGACUGUGGACACAUCUACCUGUGGGACAAGUACUCUGCACGCAUUGUCCAGUUUAUGGAGGGAGACAAAGGAGGAGUGGUGAACUGUCUGGAGCCACAUCCACAUCUUCCAGGUAUCGCCACCAGUGGGCUGGACCAUGAUGUCAAACUGUGGGCACCCACAGCUGAAAGCCCCACAGGACUCAAGGGUCUGAAAGAGGUGAUGAAGAAAAACAAGCGGGAGCGCGACGAGGACAGCGUGCGCCACGGUGACCAGUAUGACACCCAGCUGCUGUGGUUCCUGAUGAGACACAUGAGGAACAGACGGCCAGCGAGGCCUCGGGGUGCAGAAAAUGACACUGAUGAUUCUUGGAGCUCUCCUGAAUCCUCUGAUGAAGAGGAAGGAGGUCCAGACCAUGUCCAGUGCAUGUCGUCCUGAGCCACACACACACUCAAACACACACACAUGCACUCACAUACAUACAUACACACUUGAUUGCCCUUGAAUUGAUGCACAUAGGCAGGCACUAUUGACACACUGGCACACUCAAACACUGAUGAGCCACAGACUUGUUUUCUCUCUCUCUCUCUUUUCUUUUUACACACACAGACAAACACAUUUACAUGAACACACAGCUAAAACAGAGUGACAACUCAGCUUGACACCCCUGUGUCCCAGAAGUUGUGAGUGUGCAAAUGGCAACUAUAGAGUGCAUACACACCUCCAGAACCCAGAAUUGUGCAGAGUUUUGUGUGUGUGUGUACAUCCCUACAAACCUCUUGGAGGCCCCUCUGCUUGUUCAUACAUUAUCUAUAAGCUCUGCCUCACCCAGAACGUUGAACUGGUGUGUGAAUGGCAGCAAGCACCUCCUUUUUAAAGCACCCUGUAGGAAGCUAUACAUCACCAGCACACAACCCCCCCCCCCCCCCUGCCUCUCUUAGUAGCACCUACCUUAUUUGGAGGAAGAGUGUAAAUUUGUACUCUGAAACCAAGCCCACAAUGUGACUUUCUUUAAAGAGUUAACAGUACAGAAGGAAAAUCCCAGCACCCCUUAAUGCAUCACCCCAUUCUCGUAUAGAUUUCUGGCCCUAGGCUUGUGCAGCUUGGUUGCAUUUCCUCAGACUACUAAAUCCCUACAUGCUGCAUCCCCCUACAUGCUGCCCCUUACUCCCUCCUCUGUCUCUUCAUCACACCCCCCUCCCCUCCCCUCACUUCUGAGUGCACUUUGAAUCAGGGAUGCUUUAGUUUGAGACGGACAAAAUGUGCACUGAGUGUGGUCUUUGUGGGUGGGAGGCGUUGUCCUGUAUCUUGUAUUGGAAAACUUUAAAUUAAGUUUAGUUCCCGUACUUUCUUUUCGUUUGUGAUUUGGGGGGGGAUAUUUUGCACUUUCUCUGUUUGACUAAAGAGGAGGUUCCUUUUGCUUCCACCAGCCCUUCCUCACUUUCCGCCCUGACACUGAAUUGAAAGAGGAAAACUUCAGUUCAAAUCUCAGUCAGCAUAGACCUACAGAUAAAGAUGGUGUUCAGCAUGUGCAUUGGAUGUAAGAACAGAUGUUGGAGGAAAUGUGAAGAGGCAGAACCGACCUGGAUUCAAUCAGAAAUUAAAGACUUCCUGUGUGCCAAUUGAGAACUAAGUUAUAACGGACUACAAUUGUUUAAAAAAAAAAAAAAAAUCAUGUUGCUAAAGAACAGUUAUCUGAUAAAUAUUUUAAACCAGGUCGCAUGUUUGCUGUCGGCUGAAAGAGGAGGACAGCGGGGGCAGCGGGGGUCAAUAUGCUUGCCAGUCUUAUGUUGUGUGAGAGCGAUAAAGUCCAGCUUUUUCUCAUUUUCUAUGAGAACUCUACUUAGUUGAAUUUAUAUGUAAAUAUAUAAAUAUAUAUUAAAACUGUAAAAAAAAAAAAAAAAAAAAUCAACUUUAGCAAAUGCUGUUUGACUUCCAAAAAAAAAAAAAGGAAAAACAAGAUGUCAGAACAUUAGAUUGGUAUUGAUGCAGAGGUUUAUAUUCUAUAUGAGGAAAUAGUACUUUUAAAAUCCAGAGGAAGAAACAAAGUUGACUUAAAGCACCAUUUCUGUUCAGUUUCUCUUUUAUGAAUGACAUCCCUCUGUUCAGAACAGAACCGCUGUCAUUUCAAGUGUUAAAAGUUUGGAUUCUCUUUCUUGUUCAAGAUAUAUUAUUAAACAAAACCAGUAUUUCCUUUUAGAUCUUAAUCCAACAUUUGAGACUGUUGUAUCCAGAGUUUCCCACUGGCUAUUUUUGGCAUCUUGUAUACGUAAAAAAAAAAAAAAAAGGCUUUUGAUGAAAACAGUUUUGUUUCCACCACUGCCUAAUAUGACAUUAUACCAGUUCAGUUGGAGAUAUGUACAAUUCGUGCAAUAAACAAAACGACAGUGUA